AUGUCCUGCCAGCAAAACCAGCAGCAGUGCCAGCCCCCUCCCAAAUGCCAGACUCCCAAGAUCCUUCCCCAAGCUCCAUGCUCUGCUCCAAUCUCUUCCUGCAGUGGGUCCAGCCAUGGGGGAGGCUGCAGUUCAGGCUCUGGAAUGGGCUGCAGCUCUGGCUCUGAAGGUGGAUGCAGCCUCUUUUCCCAUCAUCACAGGCGAUCCCACAGAUGUAGGCGCCAGAGUUCUGACCACUGUGAUAGUGGCAGUGGGCACAGCCAGCAGUCUGGAGAUUCCUGUGGGAGCUCUGGCGGUUGCUGCUGA